AUGCGGGUACUCCUCUCGAAACUUCCGAGACCAUGGAUAGUCGACGAGAAAAAGGACGACGGCUACACGGCCCUUCAUCUGGCUGCCCUCAACAAUCAUGUCGAAGUCGCUGAACAGCUGGCACGUUCUGGAAAAGCUGACCUGGAUUUGCAAAAUGUCAAUUUGCAGACCGCGCUGCAUCUCGCCGUGGAACGACAGCACACGCAGAUCGUUCGUCUGCUGGUACGCGAAGGCGCCAACCUGAACGUAGCAGACAAAGAUGGCGACACGCCUCUUCACGAAGCUUUGAGAUAUCACACGUUAUCGCAGCUGCGACAGCUGCAGGACGUGCAGGACGUAGGACGUCUCCUGAUGGGUCUAGGAGCGCAGGGCCAGGACAAGAAAAGCAGCUCGUUCAUUGCUUGUUUCCUAGCUGCCCAUGGAGCCGACCUGGAACUGAAGAACAAGAAGGGACAGACUCCUCUUGACCUCUGUCCAGAUCCGAACCUCUGCAAAACACUAACUACUUGCCACAAGGACAGAGAAUCACACAGUAUUGAAACGACAGUUCCAUCAGCGACGAUCGACGAGUGUUUGGUCUGUUCGGAUGGAAAACGUGAAAUGCUUUUCAACCCCUGCGGACAUGUUUCCUGUUGCAACACUUGUGCGCCAAGGGUGAAGAAAUGUCUGAUUUGCAGAGAAAACGUUCUGACGAGAAUGAAGAUCGAAGAAUGCGUCGUAUGCUCGGAUCGCAAAGCUGGAGCACUGUUUCGUCCGUGCGGGCACAUGUGUGCUUGCGAAGGCUGCGCUGCCCUCAUGAAAAAAUGUGUCCAAUGCAGAGCUCAAAUUCAACACAUGGUACCGCUGUCCGUUUGCUGCGGUGGAGGAGGAGAUGUCACCUAUGUUAAGGGUAUCAAUACCUCAGGUAAUGUAUCUGAAGUAAAAAGUGAUCCGGAAGAAGAACCGACAACAAGUAAACAAGCCAUUGGAAGUGGAGAACCUCUUAUGAACGACGGAAGCAUCGACAAAACACUCAGCGAUAUAGAGAAACUUGAACAGCAAUUACAGGACAUUAAGGAACAGACCAUGUGCCCUGUUUGUCUGGACCGUUUGAAGAACAUGAUAUUUCUAUGUGGCCACGGAACCUGUCAAAUGUGCGGUGACCGGAUGUCGGAAUGUCCGAUAUGCCGGAAAGCAGUGGAUAGACGUAUUUUACUUUAUUAAACAUAGAAAAAUAAUCUUCCUUUUAAGUGGGAGUUUCACGUAACGAAAAAAUAUUAAAAGAAUAAUUAAAUAUUACAUCCAUUUAACGAUACAAACUUUAUAAUGAAUUUUUUAUGCGAAUAUUAAUGUUUAUACCAAACCUAAUACUUCUUUCACGUAUAUAAAUAUGUUUCCAGAAAACAAUUUAAUGAAUUUAAAUUCAUUAAAUUGUUUUCAUUACCUUUGCUACUUUUAAACAGGAUUUGUACCAUUCUCCUUGGAGCAGAUAUUUUCGUAUGAGACUUUAGAACAAUGACAAUAACUUCAUUUAUAUACAUAUACAUAUAUAUUGAAAAAAGAGUGAUUGUAAUAUUGAAUUAUUCUUUUACUGUUCAUCGGUAAUUCAAUGAAAGAAUUUCAUUUGUAUGCAGUGGAUGCGACCUUGAUCCACAAUUUUGUAACGUAAUUAUAAUUAAUUAAUCAAUUAAUUAUUAAGACAGAUUAUUAGUUGCAAAUUAGACGAAGCAUGAAAUUUGAAUAAUGAUAUGCUGAAAUAUAGAAAAUAUUGGCUAUCAUUUAGUAAUUAUUCUAUGCCUUGUCUUCUUUUCUUCUUUUUUAAUUAAAUUUUAUCGAUAUAUAAUCAGUAGCAUAUAAACAACUGUUUUCUAGUAAAUAGCAUUAAGUGAUAAAAACAUUUAUAUUGUUUCCAUGCUUUCAUACUACUCUUUAUACUGAUGUGUAGCUUAUACGCACAAUUAUCAUUUAAAUGCAUUUGACAAAAAAGUAAUCAUCACUGUUAUAAAUAUUAAAAAUGAAUCAGUGAAUCCUUCCACAAAGCUUUUGCUUUCUUUAGUUAAAUGUGACAGUUAAUGGAACAAGAACAUUUUUAUUUGAUGGCCAAAUAUAAUCUCGUUAAAUUAAAUAUACAUUAAUUUUAAGAAAGGUCAAUAUUAUUUGGUCUUCUUUAUCAUUUUUUAAAUCAAAUCCUGAUAAUUUAACAUAAUACUAUUUGAACACAAUUUAAUUUUAUUGCUAUCAUUCGAUGUAGUAAAUCAUCUAUAAUUUUCUUGUUCUAUAGCUUAAUAAUUAAUGCUGCCACUUGUUUUUUCUCCUUUGAAACUAUAUAAUUUCGAUUAAUCUUCAUAAUUUUUAUAUUUAUAAUAACAAUGAAUAGUGCCAAUUACUUUUAUAAGCUGUAAAAGAUUGAGUUUAUUCUCAAAUAACUAAUUAAUUACAGACGCAUUAAAAUUGUUAAUCUUUAUAAUCAAUGUUACUCAAGUCUAACUUACUUCCAUAUAUACAAUUAAAAAAUAAUAAAAAUUAAUAGUACUCAAAUUUAUAAUUAGUAAUGCAUAUGUGUAGUAUAUAUGUACCUAUGUACAACUAUGCAAGUUGAACUCAAUGAUAAAAAUAAAGAAGAGAAAGGAAAGCAAAGUUAAAAACAAAAUAUAUAUUCAUCAAAUACUUACACAGUUAUUUUUAUGAGUUACGUACGUUUUGUCAAACUUUACAUCCUCUUUUUCUUAGUUUCAAUCAAUUCAGAUUUAUAAUUUUAAAUUUAUUUCUUGUAUUUUAUGAUACAGAAGAAUGUGAAAGACAAAAUUUGAAUAGUUUGAAUAAUCUUACUGAAUAAUUUUAUACAUAUCCUGUAUUAUACUAUAUUAUUAUAUAGUAGAUACAUGUUACUUUACAUUAUUUAUAUUACUUACAUAUGCAAUAACACAUCACAAUGUAUAUAAGAAUAAAUUGAAAUAUAUAUCUUCUGUAAACCUUUGAUAAAUCUUUUAAUAUUGAAAAUAUUGAAAAAGGCUAGUAUCUUCAGUGUUUCACUUGUACCCAUAAAAAGUAAACUAUUCAAGUUUCAUGUUACUCAUUUUUCUGUAUUUUUAAACUCCAAAGGUAUUCAUGUUUAUAUAUCUCAAUUGUAUAUAUCUGCCUUGAAAAAACAUUGUAGUAUUGUUUAUAACGAUAUACACGAAAAAUAGUAUUUACAGCAUUGGAAACAAAAUUUAGCAUUAUAUACAUAUAUAUGUACAAUAAACGAAAUUCAAUAGUAUUUCAAUAUAAUUUUAUAAUCACACAUUUAGGGUUUAGCAUUUAGAUAUAUUAUUAUUUGAAUAUUGGUUUGUAUUAGAAUUAUAUACUUUGAUAUGAUUACUGAUUAAUAUUUCUUCAAACUUGAAUGACAUUUCUGUAGGGUAUGACCAUGGGUAUGCUUUAUAGUAUAAGAAUUUGUUAAAUAUGAAAAUAUAUCUUUUUCAAGAUAUUAACAACAUUGAAAUUAACGUUUUAAAUAAUUCAUUUUGCAAUAAUGUACUCUGGAAAUACUUAAUUACAUUGUACCUUGUAUAAUGAAAACAUUAAUGCAUAAAUACAAAGAAAUUAAAAUUAAAACCAUGCAACAUAUACACUCAUGAUCCUACCCAAAUAUUAAUUUUUUGUUUUUAAUUGUUUAGAACUAUAUGCAAUAAUUUAUAUAUUGCUCCCUAGUUCUUCCAUUUAUAAGUACUUUUCAAUAGCUUAUAUUUAGGAUAAGGAUCUUGUGAAUUAAAUUUACAGUAACUAAAGUAUCAGAUAUUAGUAUCUGAUUUAAGACUCUGAUUUUUGCACUUUCAAAUCAUAUACGUAUUAUCCCAUUCAAUAAAAUACAAUACAAAAUAAAAAAUGAAAGUUGUAUUCUUACACUUCAAAGAAUUUAUAAAAUUUAAGUUGUUAAUUGGAAAGCAAAUCAGAUUGGAUGUAUGAUAUUUUUUCUACAAGUUUGUAAUGACUACAUACACAAAUCUAAUUUAUAAUUAAUUAAAUAUGAAGAAUUUUUUAUAUUAAUGAGAAUUUUUGCAUUAAUUGGAUGUUUUAAAUGAGAUAAUUCGAAAUAUACGUAUACUUAAGUAACUUGUAGCUUUUAAGUCAUUCCUAUUAUAUAGUAUUUCUGUAAAAUAUUUAAUUUUGAAAUAUUAAUGCAUCACAUUUAGAAAUUCUAAACAUGUGAAUUAUGCAUGUUAACCAUUGCAGUGGGAUCACACAAUUUUUUUACAUUAUAACAUUUUUUAAAAAUAGUAUUAUAAAAUAUAUUUUUAAUUUUAAUAGCUUCAAUUGUCAAUUCAGUCAAUUGUAAUAAGGUACUUUUCUUUAAAAUUGUAUAAUUAAAGAUCCCAUUGUAUCAUCAAGUUUUUGUAAAGAAACGAUGUAAUUGUGCAUACUUCACCAUAGAAACUAAUUUACCAUAGCAUGUAUGUAUUAUUUUAAUACUUCCAUUUAUUUCACCAAACUGGGCAUAUAACUAUCUCAAAUGUAUUCUACAAAAUCAUAACAAUAAAUAAAUUUGUCAUUUCACGAAACACAGUUCCUUAAAUGCCUCAAUAAAAUUCAGAAUAAAAGUUAACAAUUUCCAUUAAUUUCUUAGAAAAUCAGAAAGUAUAAUAAUUCAAGUUUUACUUCAACUUUUAUUACAUAAUAAAAUCAUAAACUUUAUAUGAAAAAGACUUUAGAAAAAGAAAAAUCCCAAUAUUAAAAGGUAAUAAUACCAUAUUGUAAGUUAUUAAAUAAAUUAGUUUAUUUUUAUUUC